AUGAAUCAUUUGGUUUGCUCCACUCUGAUGAGUCACAGAAAUAUAUCAAUAGAGAGAGAAGAGAAUGGCGAUCAGGAAGCUUUUGCUUCUACUGAAACCGAUUGAUCUAUACCCUUUCCUUGAAACAGAUGGUGUCUCUCUCAUCAAAAACCAUCAGGUUCUUCGAUAUCUAGAGAGCAGGUCUAAAGUACACAGAGAUGCUAUAAACUUUUGUCAGGAGAUACUAAGUAAGAAGCCAGUUGAAUGGAAACCCAUUUCACGCAGUGACUUAUCACAUCCCAUUCGUGAUGUGGAUAUGGUCAUCACCGUUGGUGGAGAUGGCACACUCUUGCACGCUAGUCAUUUUAUAGACGACUCUGUUGCCGUUCUUGGAGUAAAUUCUGACCCUACACAAGCUCACGAGGUGGAAGAACUAAGUGAUCAGUUUGACGCUAGUAGAAGCACUGGUCAUCUUUGUGCUGCAACGGUUGAGAACUUUGAACAGGUACUAGAUGACAUUUUGUUUGGCAGAGUAGUUCCUUCGAAAGUAUCGAGAAUAUCAGUAAAAUUAAACUCAGAACCUCUUCUUUCGCACGCAUUUAAUGACAUUUUGAUCGCACAUCCAUGCCCUGCCGCUGUUUCAAAGUUCUCGUUCAAGAUAAAGAACAAAGAUGGAGAUACCAAUCCAAAGACAGUGAACUGCCGCUCGAGCGGUCUAAGAGUCUGCACAGCAGCUGGCUCAACUGCAGCAAUGCUGUCAGCAGGUGGGUUCGUGAUGCCAAUGUUGUCUUCUGAUCUACAGUUUAUGGUUAGAGAGCCCAUCUCUCCCGGUCCAACCCUUGCUCAAAUGCAUUCAUCCUUCAAAGCGGGGCAAACCAUGGAUGUUAACUGGUAUUCAGAUCAUGGAACUAUCUACAUCGACGGUUGUCAGGUUAAUUACAUCGUGCAGCUCGGCGAUACAAUCGAGAUAUCAUCAGAUGCGCCGGUUUUAAACGUGUUCUUGUCUCAAGGCUUUACUCAGAUCAGAUCAAGGUACUAG